AUGCAAAUAAAUAAUGCAAAUAAUUUAAAAAUAGUACGUUUAGAUAAUCAUCGUAAAUCGUCGCCUAUUCGUGUAACAAUAACAAGUAAAUUAAAUCCAGAUGCUACACCUUUCUUUGCUCCACAACCACAACGUCGUAUGUCUGCAAAUCAAAAUCAAUUUCAACCACAUCCUCAAAAUAUUAUUCCGCCUAAUCAAUCAAAAACUUAUCAUCAUUCUCACCAACGAUUUAUUCCACCACGACAAAUGGCAUUGAAAAAAAGAUUUAGUAAUCAAUCAUUAUCACCAUCACAUCUUCAACAACACAAUAAAUAUAAAACAGGAAGUUAUGAACACAUACCACAAUUAAUGCAACAAGUAUCCACACCACCAUCACCAAUGACAGAUGAAUUCUCAGCACCACCAUUCAGAAGAGAACGUUUAUCAAUACCAAAUUAUACUCAUUUACGUCGAUCACCUGUUAAACUUCAUGUGACUAAUAGUUUACCUUAUCAACAUCAAAACUCGGGAGAUCAAAAUCAAUUACAAAUACCAUUAUCAUAUGGAGAACCGAUUGGUUCUCGUCGUGGACAACGUACUAUUUCUGGUACAAGUAGUUGUAGUAGCAUGAGUACGGAUAUUGGUCCUCAUUCAAUUGUUCAACUUGAUUCAACACCAAAUGUAUUAAUAUCAAACGAUGGUCAAUAUGAUUUUGAAAAAGCUAAUGAAGAAUUUCGUCGUUAUUUAGAAUUGGAAGAAUUAGUUACACGACGUGCCUCCUCUGCUUGUUCAACUGGAUCACAACAUCUAGAUGAUAAUUCUCAUCAACAAUUAUCUCAAAGUCAUUCGUAUAAAAAAGAAGUUUCAUUUUUUGAUCGUAUUUCAUGUACAGCUACAACUGGUACAGCUGUUGCUUAUACUGAAAUGGAUGAAGUUGAAAAAAAUCUCGAAACAUUCGGUGAUGAUGCUCUUCUUAUCAGUACAAAUUCUAAUGAUAAGGAAUGGCAACUCUAA